AUGGACCACCAGCAGGAGGCUGGCCCGAGCGCCCUCCGCCGUCCUUGGCGCGAUUUAUUGCAUCCCGUCGCCGGCCCAUCACCUGCGCACCAGCUCACCAGCUCACCAGCACACCAGCAGCGGCUCCACCCACGCAACUCCCGCAGACAUGGCGACACCACAGGCCGUCGAGCUCGCAAAGACGCUGCCCCCGCGGCUGCUGCGCUUCUUCCAGCGCUACCCGCCGCCGCAGCUGUUUCCCACCAUCACCUCGCAAAUCGCAGCCGCGCCCGCAGACACGGCCGACGUCCCAUCCACCGCCACGCCCACCACACCACCCCCGCCGCCGAGCCCCCCGUCUCGCAAGCCCCUACCGCCACAGCCACCGCCACAGCCACCGCCACACCAGCACCCACAACACCCGCCGACCUCGCCUUCCCCAACCCCUUCCAGCCCACCAAGAACUUCACCACCGGCCGCUGGCACGGCCCCGUGUACGGGCUGCGGAAGCAAGCCGACCUCGUGAAGCUCGCGAGCGCACACGGCGUGGUCGACCUGCUCCCCUGGACGAUCAAGAAGCCCGGGGAGAAAGAAGCGCGGCGGAUCGAGCGCGGGCUGACGGUCAAGGGCACGGGCGAGGGCCAGCGCGUCAAGGGAAAGCUGUGGGAGCGCACGCUCAAGGGCAGGCUGGAGAUGCGGAGACAGGCCAUGCUGGAUAUGCCGAGGCUGAUCCAGGAGUGGAAACAGAGAGGCCAUGGUCGUGGGUGGAAGAAGUGGCCGAGUGGCAAGGCGAAGAAAUAG